AUGGGCCUCUCGGGCAUAAUGGAGGACUGGUCUCCCCUCGUCGAAGAGCUGGGCCUCUCUCGUCGAGUGCUCAUCUUCGACCAUCGCGGAAUCGGCAAGAGCACCGUCCCCGAGGACUGGGACUACGACCUCUCCUUCGACAUCAUGGCUGACGACUUGCUUAGUCUGCUGGCAGAGCUGGGUCCGGCCUGGAAGACGGUGGAUAUGUUGGGCUUCUCAAUGGGAGGGCACAUUUUGCAGCAUUUGGUUACAAGAGAAGGGACGAGUGUUACGAGCAGGGGGAUUGUGGAUACUGGAAAGGAGGGAAUCGCUGUGAGAAAGCUGAUUCUGGCGGCUACCAUGACGAAAAUGCCCAGGGGAGAUUUGAAUCUUGAUCAGAUGCAGCAGGAGGCCAACAAGAUUGAGAACAACGAGCAACGCAAGCAGUGGACGAUCGAAGAGCUCCUCAAGUACCAAUACGAUGCCGACUCUCUCGCCGCCUCCCAAGCCCUAAGGGAACGUCUACUUCUCCGCAUCUCAGUCAGCUCCGUCACCCGUCGCCCGCAGCAGAUCGUAGGGGUGCAAGCAAUGGCCAUCUCACAGGUGCGACUGACGGAGAGUGACCUUUCCAAGAUCCCGGCUAGUGUGCCCGUGCUAGUCAUUCAUGGUAAGAAGGACCGGAUGGUGCACUAUGCUGAGAGUGAGAAGCAUGCUGGGUGGAUCAAGCAUGCCAAGAGGGUGGAUUUGAGUGACGGGUCCAAGGAGGCAAAAGAGGGCCACUAUGGACACUUUUGGUAUGAUUACUUCGGUGCUGAUUACUGGGCGAGGAAAAUCAAUGGCUGGCUCGAUGAGAAGGACCAGAAGAGGGGGCCAGAUCAACUCAUCAAUUCUCUCCUCUUGACCACCACCACCAUCACCCUCCGAACCCCACCCCCCACAUUCGACGCCCUCACGCCACCCGACAAGGGUCUGGCAUCCGCCCUCAACCUCCAACCUCGUCCAGCUGAGACGUUGUGCGACGCCUGGACUGCCAUCCAGGACGCCUUCUCUUCGACGGCUUCACCCUUUGAGAGCCCCCUUGGUGUCUCGUCCAUCGGCUCUCCCAACUCGUCGCGAGACUUUGACGAGUCGCCUUUGCUGCCCUUUGACAGCGACUUCACAGUCGGCCAGGCUACCAGCGACAAGUCGCUUGCCAACUUUCCUCUCUUUGAGACCACCACGCCCGCUCAGCUCCCAUACCAGCAGCAGCAGCAGCAGCAGCAACAGCCUCCUGGCUACACCACAGAGUACGAGGACUGGCAGCAGAUUCUGCACCAGCUCUACCUCAAGCAUCAGGCGGAGCAGCAGGCCGCAUCCGCCGUUGCUGACCCCCAAAGCGCCAACCAGACGCUGAUUGGCCAGUUCGCCAAUCCCUCGUCCUGCCCCCUCGAGGCUACUAAGAUGGGCUCCACCUUCGCCUCCCUCGCGGACAUUGCUCCUGCCAACAAGCCUUGGGAGCUCCCCUUCGCCACUGCCGACCUCACGCGCGGCAAGAGUAUGGCCGAAAGCGUCGUGAGCAGCCAAGAGAGCCUCAAUGGCAAAUCUUCGCCCUCCGCGACGACCGAUUUCGUCUUCUCGGACAUUGGUACCCCAUUCUCCAGCCAGGGAAGCGCCGUCUCGCCUGCCAAUGGCACCGAGAGCAUCUCACAGCUUGCCGACAUCUUCGUCCGCGAGUACGCCCGUACGCGCAACAGCGAGGACACCACAGUCCUACUCCGAGCCCUCAACGUCGCCGGCAUCGCCGUCUCUGACAAUGUCCUCGCCGAUGUUGGUGUGAGUAGCCCCGAAGUUACUUCCACCUCGGUAGCCUCGCCCACCAAGGAGGACUUUACGACCUACAGCGAGAACGGCAGUGCGUCCUCGAUCUUCGACCACUACUUCGUUGGUCAUCUGCCACACCAGCAGCAGCAAUCGUACUCCCCUCCUGCUACGGAUGUGUCCGCUUCCAAGAUGCGCUCUUCGGCCCAGCACACCGCCAAGCACAGUGCCCUCGGUGGCACAACGCCUCCUCUUCAGCACCACGGCGACGCACAUGCCCACUUCAUCAACGGCAAGCGUCUUUUUGAGUGCGACGUCUGCCACAAGACAUUCGACCGCGCCUUCAACAUGAAGACGCACCGCACCAUUCAUGAGGACACGCGUGAAUACCCCUUCACCUGCCCUUUCGCAGACUGUGGCAAGGCAUUCGCCCGCAAGGCUGACUGCAACCGUCACACCAAGUCGGUUCAUCUCAAGCGGGGUGAGAGACUCAAUACGGGUCCCGCUAGGGCCGACCUUGGCUGA